AGCGCAUGUCUGUGGGAGACACAAGUUCCAGAGUGUGCUGAUGGGUGGAUCAGAUCUGCAGUGUGUUUCAGGAGUAGGAGGGGCUAAGAAAUGGGUGCGUCCCCCAACCUGAUGCUAGCCCCCUUCCUGUUACUUCUCACCCACAGCAGGAGCCCCUUGUCUUUCAGGCCAUGCAGCCAUGUUCCGGGAGCCCUAAUUGCACAGAAGCCCAUGGGGAGCUCCAGACCGGCAGCCCUGCUCCUGCCUCUCCUCCUCAUAGUCAUCGACCUCUCUGACUCUGCUGGGAUUGGCUUUCGCCACCUGCCCCACUGGAACACCCACUGUCCUCUGGCCUCCCACACAGAUGACAGUUUCACUGGAAGUUCUGCCCAUAUCCCUUGCCGCACCUCGUGGGCCCUCUUCUCCACAAAGCCUUGGUGUGUGCGAGUCUGGCACUGUUCCCGCUGUUUGUGCCAGCAUCUGCUGUCAGGUCGCUCAGGUCUUCAACGGGGCCUCUUCCACCUCCUGGUGCAGAAAUCCAAAAAGUCUUCCACAUUCAAGUUCUAUAGGAGACACAAGAUGCCAGCACCUGCUCAGAGGAAGCUGCUGCCUCGUCGUCACCUGUCUGAGAAGAGCCAUCACAUUUCCAUCCCCUCCCCAGACAUCUCCCACAAGGGACUUCGCUCUAAAAGGACCCAACCUUCGGAUCCAGAGACAUGGGAAAGUCUUCCCAGAUUGGACUCACAAAGGCAUGGAGGACCCGAGUUCUCCUUUGAUUUGCUGCCUGAGGCCCGGGCUAUUCGGGUGACCAUAUCUUCAGGCCCUGAGGUCAGCGUGCGUCUUUGUCACCAGUGGGCACUGGAGUGUGAAGAGCUGAGCAGUCCCUAUGAUGUCCAGAAAAUUGUGUCUGGGGGCCACACUGUAGAGCUGCCUUAUGAAUUCCUUCUGCCCUGUCUGUGCAUAGAGGCAUCCUACCUGCAAGAGGACACUGUGAGGCGCAAAAAAUGUCCCUUCCAGAGCUGGCCAGAAGCCUAUGGCUCGGACUUCUGGAAGUCAGUGCACUUCACUGACUACAGCCAGCACACUCAGAUGGUCAUGGCCCUGACACUCCGCUGCCCACUGAAGCUGGAAGCUGCCCUCUGCCAGAGGCAUGACUGGCAUACCCUUUGCAAAGACCUCCCGAAUGCCACGGCUCGAGAGUCAGACGGGUGGUAUGUUUUGGAGAAGGUGGACCUGCACCCCCAGCUCUGCUUCAAGUUCUCUUUUGGAAACAGCAGCCAUGUUGAAUGCCCCCACCAGACUGGGUCUCUCACAUCCUGGAAUGUAAGCAUGGAUACCCAAGCCCAGCAGCUGAUUCUUCACUUCUCCUCAAGAAUGCAUGCCACCUUCAGUGCUGCCUGGAGCCUCCCAGGCUUGGGGCAGGACACUUUGGUGCCCCCCGUGUACACUGUCAGCCAGGCCCGGGGCUCAAGCCCAGUGACACUAGACCUCAUCAUUCCCUUCCUGAGGCCAGGGUGCUGUGUUCUGGUGUGGCGGUCAGAUGUCCAGUUUGCCUGGAAGCACCUCUUGUGUCCGGAUGUCUCUUACAGACACCUGGGGCUCUUGAUCCUGGCACUGCUGGCCCUCCUCACCCUACUGGGUGUUGUUCUGGCCCUCACCUGCCGGCGCCCACAGUCAGGCCCGGGCCCAGCGCGGCCAGUGCUCCUCCUGCACGCGGCGGACUCGGAGGCGCAGCGGCGCCUGGUGGGAGCGCUGGCUGAACUGCUACGGGCAGCGCUGGGCGGCGGGCGCGACGUGAUCGUGGACCUGUGGGAGGGGAGGCACGUGGCGCGCGUGGGCCCGCUGCCGUGGCUCUGGGCGGCGCGGGCGCGCGUAGCGCGGGAGCAGGGCACUGUGCUGCUGCUGUGGAGUGGCGCCGACCUUCUCCCGGUCAGCGGCCCCGACCCCCGCGCCGCGCCCCUGCUCGCCCUGCUCCACGCUGCCCCGCGCCCGCUGCUGCUGCUCGCUUACUUCAGUCGCCUCUGCGCCAAGGGCGACAUCCCCCCGCCGCUGCGCGCCCUGCCGCGCUACCGCCUGCUGCGCGACCUGCCGCGCCUGCUGCGGGCGCUGGACGCGCGGCCUUUCGCAGAGGCCACCAGCUGGGGCCGCCCUGGGGCGCGGCAGCGCAGGCAGAGCCGCCUAGAGCUGUGCAGCCGGCUCGAACGAGAGGCCGCCCGACUUGCAGACCUAGGUUGAGCAGAGCUCCACCGCAGUCCCGGGUGUCUGCGGCCGCAACGCAACGGACACUGGCUGGAACCCCGGAAUGAGCCUUCGACCCUGAAAUCCUUGGGGUGCCUCGAGGACGACUGGCCGAAAAGCCUUAUUCCCUGCCUCACAGGCCGGAAGUCCCAGCCCAGUCCCCGCGCGCGUCCCUCUUCCUCCUCAUACUUUCCCUUGACUGAGAGCUCCUCUAACCCCUGUUCUGAUGGUGGGGGGGGGGGCGGGGGCGGUCUUCCCAUUUCCUCUCCAGAACUCCAGAAAGAGCAGUGUGCUUAUGCUUCAGUCCAGGCUGGAGAGGUUGGGGCCGGGGUAGGGAGGCAGGAGCCAUGUCAGUUCUGAAGGAGGGUGAGGCGGUGGGGGAUUGUAGGGGACGGCUGAGAGAAAACCUCCUUGGGGGCCAGGGAUUCCCUUUCCCACUCUGAGGCUCUGGCCAGAGGGAGAGAGGACUCUGGACCUAGGAAAAGAGGCUUUUGGCUCCGGGUGGUCAGGACGGUGGGGGUUGGGGGUGGGGUGGGUGGGUGCUGGCGGUGGGGACCAAGAUCCGGAAAGAUGAAUAAAGACAAACAUGACAAACUAAGAAAA